GAGAAAGCCACUGAGUAGUUGAAUACUCAAACAAUUCACACUGCACCAGGUGGGGUGGUAUGGCGUAUGAUAAUAUAGUAUAAUGGUGUGAAAGAUUGUGCUACAGCUGGGUUUGCAUAAAGGUGUGAAAGAGAGUGCUAGAGGUGGAUUUUGGACUUUUCAGUGUUCUUAUCGGCAAUGAUCACAGCCUCAAGAGCAAAGAGAGGCUACUUUGAAAGUUGCAGCACAAACAUAUGGUGGCAGAGGUGAAGAUAUUCAGUCCCUUCGGAUGGAAUCUGAGUCUGCUAGGGAAGAAGCUGCAUCUGCUUUGGAGCAGCUCCACGAUGCUGAUAUUGAAAAUAAAUCACUUCGAAUCAUGACUCAGAGACUGAUACUGUCUCAGGAAGAGAUGGAAGAAGUUGUUCUUAAGAGGUGUUGGCUUGCUCGAUACUGGAGUUUAUGCGUUCACCAUGGUAAAGUGAUUAUUUUGUUAGUCUUCCAGCACAUGAACUUCCAUGGUUUUGUUCUUCUAUUUAAAUGCUGGGGUUGGUGCUAUAACAUUUGUAUGAUGAACUUUGGUCAAUACAAAUUCAGGACAUGGCAUCUGCAAUUUUACAGGGCUUUUAUCAUUUAUGAUUCCAUAAGCUGCAUGUGAGUGUAUUAGAUCUAGGAGAAUAUAAGCAG